AUGAAGGCUGCUGCGGUGAUCAGCCAAGUUCGCGACGCCACCUCUGCCAUUGCGGGACACGAAGACAUUGUUCGGAUUAUUCUUGAGGCUGAUAAUAUGGUCGACCUGAAUACUCCCACGUACCACACGAAGGAGACGCUCGCCCAUUUGGCUGUCAAGCACGGACAUCGCAGUUUGUACGAGAUGCUUCUUGAGGUUGGAGCGGAUCUCCGCAUCAAGGACGGUGAAGGAAGACGGAUUUGUGACGUCACAAACGAUCGAGAGUGGAGGCGUGAAAUUGCAGCGUCCAUCGCUGAGAUCGAGAGAUGCGAAGCUGAUAACGAGAGCAAGAAGAAUCGCGAUGGACUCUUCCGUCACCAGAGCGACCUCCGAGCUGAACGUCUGCGUCAGUCAGUAAAUAGUCAGCGCGAUGAAGAACGUCGACGUGAAGUGGAAAAUGCCACCACAAACGCGGCCAAUACUAUGUCGAAGAAAAAGAAACAGAAGAAAAAGAAGAAGAAGAAAUGCAAUGCGACGGCGAACGUUUUCACUCCAAUUGCCACAGUGACGGCAGACGAUUUAGCAGAAGCAACAAACUUGCUGAAGGAUUUAUUGGUUCCAAGCAGCUCAGAUAUUGACCCAAACGAUGAUACGAAGCCGGCAGCAUUGCGGGAGAUCAGUGAUGAGGAUACAGCGGCGAUGUUUGGUCGCCUGAGAGACCCGAACAUUUCUGCGGCCGACAAAACCGACGACGUGCAACGUGCUUGUCAACUAAUCAAGAAGCUAGAGAGCUUGGUGACAGCUUCCAGUCACCCAAGCCGACUCAACUCCACGGAUCGACGCGACCGAGUCGCUAUCGCUUCCGAGGCGUUGCAAGUCAUCCACUUGAUGCAGAAACUCCGUCGAGUCAACGACCCCGCCAUCGCUGUCCCCGCUCUCUCGUCGGUGCGCCAACUCUGUGCUACGACGCUCAAGUUUACGAGUUUUGUCAUUGGAACCGCGCAGCUCAGCGUGUCCGUGAACCGGAAGCCACAAGCCAAGGAGAUUCUGGAUCUAUUGGAGAAGCGCUUGGUGAAGAUGCCCUUUGACAAGAGAGAAGCUCCAAUGUAUCGGGAGCUGGUGCACGUACUCUGUAGCUCGGGAUGCGAUUGGUUUGGACCAGACUUCUAG